AUGUUAUGUCUCCCUAAUGACCUGUCAGUCUCCUGGCACCAGUACCCCUACAGUCUCGGCAUCGUCUUCUGCAAGCUGAGGGCACUCAUCUCUGAAGCAGCCUCCUACGUGUCAGUGUUGACGAUAGUGGCGUUCUCUCUGGAGCGGUACCUGGCCAUCUGUCACCCUCUCCAUCUGUACGCCAUGGCCGGCCUAAGGCGCGCCCUACGUAUAGUAGCUGCGCUGUGGCUGGUCUCACUGCUGGCGGCGUCUCCCUUCGCGCUCUAUACCACUGUCAGCUACCAUGACUACCCCCCAGGAUCUGGUAACGCGUCUCUGGAGUCAGCCUUCUGUGCGAUGUUGGAGAUGCCGUCGUGGUACCUGUGCGAACUGAGCAGCCUGCUGUUCUUCAUUCUCCCAGGAGUCAUCAUCCUCUGCCUCUACGUGCGCAUGGGGCUCCGAAUUAGGACCACACACACGAACAAGCCUGGCAGUCCCGGCACACUGAACGGAGUGAACGGCAGCGUGCACGGCGAGGCCAGGCAGGCACAGUCCAAGAAGACCAUCAUCAGGAUGCUCGCGGCGGUGGUGGUAGCAUUCUUCGUGUGCUGGGCUCCGUUCCACUUCCAGCGCCUGUUCUUCAUCUACGGAACCUCCUCGCGGCACUACCACACCAUCAACGAGUACCUGUUCUACGUGGCCGGUGCCUUCUACUACAUCUCUGCUACUGUCAACCCUAUACUGUACAAUGUCAUGAGCCAUAGGUACCGCAUCGCAUUCUCAGAGACCCUCUGCUGCGGCAAGGUGAUCAGCAAAAAAAACAGGUACCGGGAGCACUCCAGCAUCAGAGAGACCAUGGUGAACCACACUUCCGACGGAACCAACCUGGUCAGAGUCCGCUCCGAGAUCCAGCAUAAAAGGAACCGAGUGGACAGACGAAGCAGAAGAUGCAGCUACUACGGAACGGAGACCACAAGCCUUUGCAGCGAAAAAUGGAGACAGGAGACUCCAAAAAAGAUGAACAGCAUGUUAAUCAAUGACAGGAACAGUGUAUCUUCAACCUUAUGUAAUAAUAAUGACAGUCAAUUGUUGUACAGCGACUUCAAAAUAGAUGGUGACGUCACUUAGGGUACCAGGCGCGCAGACAUCGCGAGAGCUAACUUGACCGUCAUGAGAUACUGUCCGCCAUAUUGUCGAUAUGACCUGGAUUGUAACUUAUAUUGUGAUACAAUGAUGUAGAUUUAAUACUACGCUUUUAAUGUAUAGAUAAUAAGGUAUAUAAUUGGUUAUUCUGUAUAAUACGACUUGUUUAUUUGUGGUGUUUAUCAAGUAAAAAUAAAUAAGAAUUUCGAAGAAAGUCACCUCAAAGAACUUCGCCCAAAAUGUAAACUCAUUUUUGUAAAUAUUUAUCAAGUAAAUCAUUAGUGUAGUAGUGUGACUAUAUCUCCGACGGUUUUUUCAACGAAAGGACAAAUUAUUUUCUCUUGUAAGAUGCCUAGACUAAAUUGGGUCUCACUUCCAUUACGUACAAUCUAAAUUAAGACCAUGUCAUGCGUGUACUAAUAUAUAUGUAUAACAAACAUUAGUUCGUAGGUACCUACUCGUGCCAUGUUAAAUGGCUCUUAUUUUUAACUACUUUGAACAAUGCAGUUAAGUUUUACGUAACUAUCUGCUCUUUAAAAAAAUACAUCAAAACAUAUUCUAUGUCAUCAACUCAUCGAUAAAGAUUCACAAUUAAAAUAAGUAAUUUUUAAAAAAUAUAGUGUUAAGAAUCCAGUCGAAGUAUAACAGACAAGCUUAUAGUUACACUUACCACCAGGCGAGAUAGUGGUCAAACGUUAGCCCAUACAAUAUAUAUAAAAAAAACAAACAACCAAUAAUAUCACUGUUAAAAGUUUUAAUGACUAAAGUCAAGUAAAUAAUACCCACAUACUUUUGCUUAAUCACAAGCAAAACCAUGUUGUAAUUACAGUAUUUCUCGCUGAAUCAGCGGUGUAAACAAGAACCACUGAGCUCUGUUCAUUUUGACGUUUACCCGUUUCUUGUUCAGCCUGGCAUUCAUUUAAUUAACCCGGAUAACCGGAUAACCUUCAAAACAUUAAAUAGAACACUUUUUGUAAUGCUUUUCUUGGAGUACAUCAACAGCCUAUAGGUGGCCACUGCUG